AUGGCUGACAAGGACAAGAUCGUCGUGUUCAAGGCUCUCCAGCUGGCCAACGAACAGCGAAAUGCUUAUGGACUGCGAUACAACGACUACGUUCGCUACCGUAAACACUGUGCAAAUCGGACUCACCGACUGCGUUCAACCCUCAAACUAACCCAUGGAAAAGGUCGCGAGUUCAAGAAACUCCCUCCACUCACUCCCGAAAUCGUUAAGGACGGGCAUCUCCAGCUCCUCCUUCUAGAAGCCGAACGCGCGUGGUCUUACGCCCAGGACCUCACCGCCCAAUCUCUCAACUCUGCUGACAACGCUGGUACCCUCAGACAUAGUGCGACUGGUCGAUUCCGUCGCGCAGUCCACCAUUCGACGCAGCUCCUGUCUCUCUGCCAGGCACUUUAUGCUUCGAACCGGUUUUCUACCGAGAGUCUGCUUCAAGUAACAAUUUACACGCUGAUUCUCAACGGCCGGUUCCUACGUUACCGCGACGAGUUCGAUGACGCUCUCGUCCAACUUGGAGUUGCUCGCGGCUUGCUCGAUGAGCUAGCCAAAGGCGCGGACACAAGUAGAGACCAAGCACUCGCAACCCUCUUCUCAGACGAAAUCGGUCCAGAAAUUCGACAUUGUGCACAUGAAUUGGGGCGAGCAAAGGCCUAUGAUGUGGAUGGAAUUGUUGCAGAGGUCGCGAAAGAUAAUCGAAACACCCUUGUCGAAGGUUGCGACGCCCUGAUUGCCAAGUUCAAAGACCAAAGCGGCAAGGAGACGGGCAAACGCAGAACUUUGACUCCUUUGGUGUGGGAAGGCCAGCCCGUUCCAGUACGGAACCCGGAACUUGUAGAUGUGUUAUUGCGAGUUCAAGAUGCAGAGCAACGGCUUCAGAAAGGGAGUGCGACUGGGACCAGCAAAAAAGGCGUCAAGGCAUACGAUGCGAUUCUGUCAGCAUUAAGCGAUGCAGAGGAAGUCGCUCGAAAACUUGUUGAAGCACAACAGCUCAAUGGGUCGACUUCAACGGUUGCAUCCGGAACGCGCGACAUUCAUUUUGUUCACGCAUAUAUUGUGUACCAACUUCUUUCGAGACGGAUCCAACGCGACCUGCUUCUAGCCAGUGCAUUAAUUUCGUCGGAAUCAGCGCCAACGACUGGUAAAGAUGAUGUCGAUUCCCGCCUCUUCCCCGCCGUCGUCAAGCUUCUGGACACGACAUUGCAGAGUCUUACUCAGAUGCGGACACUGAGUGUUGUAGACGAUAGCCCUGAUUUAGCAUCAGCUGUAGAUGCGAGAAUUGCAUACACCAAAGCAAGGAGAUGUCUCUUUUUGGCCCGGUCUUACACGCCCGUUAAGAAAUAUGCAGAGGCACUAACGCUUCUACAACACGCCAACAUUCAUCUGCGCGAAACACAGUCCACUCUAUCUCUCGUGGAAUCCAAUGACCCGAUCUCUGACAACGACUUCUUCCCGCUUGUGCCUGCCCUUAUAAACACACUCGAAAGCACCCUCAAUUCCCUCGGCCUCUCUAUCAAGCGCGAAUGGUUUGCAUUCAACGGUGGAGCGCCGGAUAGCACGCCACGUGCUGAGAAGAAGCCACUGUUCUUCGAUAUCGCGGUCAACUACGUCAAACUGGAUGUUGGGAGGUUACGAGAACGGGCAGGGCUGCCACCAUUGGAAGAGGAGGCGCCGACAAGUGUUGCGGCGGUACCGGUGGCCAAGACAAAAGCAAAGGAGGAUAACGAUGUCGGUGUCGAGGAGAAGAAGGACAAGGAGGAUAAGCAGCAACCUGCAGCCAAGGGUGGAUUGAGCAGUUUGUUGGGUGGCUGGUGGGGACGGAGUUGA